ACAGUAACUUAAUUCAUCAAACAAUGGCAUCCUUAACGCUUGUUGGCGCACCAUUCUCUACUUUUACACGUACAUUUAGAAUGGCACUUCAUUGUCUUGAAGUCCCUUAUACAUUAGAAACAACUACGCCCUACACUGAUUUGGCUUACAAAUAUCAUCCUUUUGGUCGUAUUCCCUCUCUUUUACACAAUGAACAAACCUUGUUUGAAUCAGCUACUAUUCGAGCUUACAUUGACCAUGAAUUUAACAAUUCACUUACUCCUACUGAUUUUUCUAAACGUCUCCAAAUGGAAACUAUAAUUAGUUGUUUAUGCGACUAUGUCUUUCAUCAUGUUGUCUUUGGCAUUGCUAAACCACGUCACUUUUAUGAACAACAAGGAUUGAAAGAAACCGAGAUUACUGCUCGAUUCGCAAAGGGCCCACUUGAGAAAGCGGGAAAGAUUAUGGAGGCCUUAGAGAGUAUCAUUGUGAAAGACAGUGAAUUCUUAUGUGGUGAGCAGCUAACCUGGGCAGAUUAUUAUGUCUUUCCAGUUCUGGCUGAUUUAUUUUGUCUACCUGAGUGUGACUUUUUCAAGGAAAAGGCACCAGGCUUAUUUACAUGGUAUGAAGGAUUUAAAAAACGCGAAGAAGCUGUAAUUACAUAUAAAGAUACUGUAGCUGAUAUGAGAAAUAAUGAUAAUAAUAAUAAUAAUGAUAGUAAUGCAAAAUUUUAAAAUAAACGUUUUUUUUAAAGUAUAAU